GGAAGGAAUAGGCCUAUAGGCUAAUAUACAGUCGAUGUGAGAAAGGCUGUUGACGUUUUAAUACGCAAUCAUGCAUGAUACAUGCAUUAAACUGUAGCAGACAAAAUUGUAGAAUGCAGAUUAUGUUUACCCCUAUUAUGACAUACUAUCCGUUGUUUGUUUGUCUCAAAAUCUCUCGCAUAUCCAUCAUCACUUCACUACUUAGGUCACAGAAUCUCGUGCCCUUGCACUGGCAAUCUGUUUGACGUGGUUCCGUGAUUUCGGAACGUGCUGUUCUCUCCGCCGAGGUCGUCAGACGCACUGGACGGCAUGGUUACGUUACCGUCCAGCUAGCGUCCGGUGAGGGGACGUAAGAGAAGUUAAAACAGGUCAUGAGGGACCAUGUCCAUUACUACGAAGGGCAAGAGAGAGAGAACGUGUGCCUUGAAAAACCCUAGCUCAGCCAGUGUCUGAGUAGUGAAUAUUGUGUGUGUGUGUAGGCUAUAAUGGGUCUGUCACUGUCUGGAUGGCUGGGUGGCAUCCCAGCGAAGAUGAAGAAGGAUGCUCCCUCCUCUUCCUCCUUCCUCCCGCUGUCCAUCCCUACCUCCUCCCGCCUUUCACUCCUCCUAAACUCCUCUCCCGUUGACCCUGGAGACCCCCGGUGCCGCUGGAGCCCCACACACUGUUCACCUCACUUCCUGCUGUCCCAGUGCGGGGAGGAAGUGACACGCGCACCCACCCAGCAGAUUAGCGACGGGGCUCGGGGGGAGAAGGGGGAAAGGGGAGGAAUGCACGUCUGGGAGGUGCUCUGGUGUCCCACCCACAGAGGAAGUCAUGCUGUGAUUGGUGUAUCUACAGAGCACUGCCCGCUACAAACCUCUGGUUACACUGCACUGAUGGGCGGAGACUCACAGUCCUGGGGAUGGGAACUCACAAACAAUCAGCUAUGGCAUGCAGGGCAAGCCCUGGGGAGAUACCCCGGGGAGAGAGGGGUGCAGGCGGAAGAGCAAUCUGUGUCCCCCCCACCCUGUCCCAGAGCGCGUGCUGCUGGUUCUGGACGCGGACACAGGAACUCUGGGAUAUGUAGUAGAUGACUGCUUCCUGGGCAUGGCCUUUAAGGACCUCCCCCAAGGGGUGGAGCUUUUCCCAGCCAUCAGCAGCGUAAGGGGUGGAGCCUUCAUACGACUACGCUACCUCAACGGAGCUACCUGUGAGCCUCCUGCACUAAUGGCUCUCUGUGGUCUGUCCAUCCAUGUGUGCAUGGGGAAAGAGAGAGAGACUCAGACAGACAGACUGCCUCUGCCUCCUCCUCUUCAACGCUACAUCCUGCCCAGCAUGUGACACACACACCCACACACAAACUAUAGAGUAAAUAGGAACGUUCUCACUGACCCAAGGUCCAUAUACGGCUAAAUUACAGCUUUUAAUUGAAUUAAGCAAGUCAUCCAUAAAAUAAAUUAGCCUCUGUAUUGUAGGGGCCAAUGAGUGGUUUGUGUAACAGCAACAUCAUUGGACAGUGCUGCAUACAUUGUGAUGUUAGCUCCUCUCUGUUUUUUUGCCAUGUUGAAUCCAGCUUCAUCCACAAAGAUGAAUGUAUGUGCAGUUUGCCUGGCUUCCAUCUCCAUUACUCUCUAAAAUACAGUAAAUCCACAGUUUUACAGUACUUUACAUAAUGCAUAGCUGUGUAUAUACCCUGUUUAGUUAUUGAACAGACAUCUUAGCUGGACAUAUUGAUACCAGAGUUCUUUCACACGUUCACCGUUUCUCUCAAAGGGUACAGUCUACAACUGCUUCAUCGUUAUUUUAUGUUUCUCUAGGACACUUGGGUAGGCUUUCAGCUGAAAUUGCAAUCAGCUGUGUUUGGAAUGAUUACAUAUUCUGCUGAGAUGUUCUAUAUGUUUCUAUCUGGUUACUGCAGAAAUGCACAACAUUUGCCAUCAUUCUGUUUUGAACAGUUUUGGAAACAGUGUGUUAGUGGGAAGAAAAAGAAUGUGAACCCUUUGGAAAUACCUGGAUUUCUGCAUAAAUUGGUCAUAAAAUGUUAUCUGAUCUUAAUCUAGGUCACAACAAUAGACAAACAUGGUCUGCUUAAA